GCGCACGCACACGCACGCUCACACACACAUGGUUUGACAGCGGACAGCAGAGGUUCAGGUUCAGUUGAACAGACACUCAACACCCGUCAUGAAGAUGCUGCUUGGACUCGUGCUCCUCUCCCUCCUCGUCUCUCCAGUGCUGUCAUUGGAUUGCUACGUGUGCAGUUCAUCUCCCACCAAUGAAAAAUGCAACAGUAACAACAACACUCAGACAUGUCAGCCGCCACUGGACACGUGCAUGACCGCCAUCGACAUUUUAGGCUCUGAGAAAGCCAUAGUGAAGUCGUGUGCCAGUAAGGCCACAUGCAAUGGAGCUGCCGCAGCCGCCUCAGUCGACUCAAACGGAAACGGAAACAUCGUGAACUGCUGCAACAGCUUUAACUUGUGUAACUUCAGUGGAGCAGAGUCUGUUCACAUACACACAACACUGCUGCUUUUGACUGUAGGUGUAUUAUUACUGCUGUCACACUGAGGUCAGUGAGAUAUACUAACGCUGUCUCUAAAUGUAACUCAACUGUAAUAUUAUGUAAGAUAUUGUAUCAUGUAAAGACUGUUUUGCUCUGUAAUUCUGUUGGAGACACAGAGUAUUAAUACUAUUUUAUACACAAGUAUGAGAUUAAAAUAUUAACAGGACGCUGACCUUCCUGUGGCUGUUAUAUGUGAAUGCUGAUUGUUAUGUUA